UCAUGUCGUAUUCUCGUACGCGAGAGUAAACGUAUGUUUAGGCUUUCUUAACACAGUGUUUAUGUUUAUAUAUACUCGCGGUGUGCGAGUGGUGGCAUGAGCCUAAGUGUUGUGUCGUUAACGUUUGACUUGAUGCAAAACGCGGAAUCCCGGAUUUGAUUUCGGGCACCCCGCGUUUGAAGUGUAAAUCGAUCAAGAUUCGGUGGUCGCGACACUCUUGGUUAACGUCGUCGUCGUCGUCCUCGUCGCGGCCACGUAAUAACAUUUGUUGCCGCAAAUUCCUUGAAUUACAAGCUACCUGGCGUAGACGACGACGCACUAUUCAAUUACCCUUGUUGUGUGAAUUUUUUCGUAGAGACUGUCGGUUUGCCGGCAGUUAUCGACUCAUCUGAAAGAGAGUGGGACCCAGCUUAAAGCAUACCUUACAGGCCUAAUGGACCAGGGUGAUGCGGCUCCUCUUCCUGCGACGCAGGGCGCGCAGCAGAAGACGAUUGUCUGCACCGGCUAACUUGCGACAGUAGGAGAAUCCAAUCGAAAAGGGAUAAAAAAAAGUGGAAGAGAACAAGCGACAGAAACAAAGAAGAUGUUGCCGAGAAAAGACGGCAACUACGAGUCCUACGCGCUCGAGGACAUGAUAUCGAGUCUUCAGACGCGAAGCGCCUCCAUCGACGAAGACAUCAACAGCGAAGACCCGAUGCAGUUGCUCAGACAAAGGGAGAGAGAUCUCGUGUUGGCCGCGGAACUCGGUAAAGCCUUGCUCGAGAGAAACCAAGAGCUCACCAGGCAAAGCGAAGCUCUCGCUGAAAAUUAUGCUGCUAAGGUUGAGGGUCUGGAGCAGGAGCGUCAUCUAUUGCGGCGCAAGCUGGAGGAAGCGCGCGGCGAGAGCGAGGCGCGAGCAGUGGAAUUGCAGGCCGACGUGGAAGGUCUGCGCAGCCAGCUCCAGGAGCAGAGCGAGCGCGCGCGUCGAGCCGAGCGCGACCAGGCGAGCUUGGUGUCGGACCUGACGGCGCAGAACGCGCGCCUGGCCGACCAGCUGCGCGAGGCUGCCAAGCAGGAGGAGCAGCUGCUGCUCGAGCUCAAGCAUCUUCGCGAGAAGUGCGCUCUGAGGAACACCACGCUGCAGGAUCACGUCAGCAGCUUGGAAGUCCUCAAGGAUGAAGUGCAGCUAGUGUCGGCGCAACGGACGGAGCUGGAGCGUCGCUCGCUGGAGCUACGGGAAGAAAGGGCACGCGCCGUGGCCGCCCUCGAGGAGGCCGAGGAGCGUGCUCAAGCCUUGGAACGACUGGGCCAUGAGGCCGAACGACGCGCCAUUGUCGCCGAGCGUGAAAGGGACGAGCUGGCAGCUGCGUUGGCGGCAAUCGAGACAAAUAAUUCUACAGCGGCAUUAGCCGCGCCGAACGGCAGCAGCGGUAGCAUGAGACAGCGGCAGCCACGUUCCUUGCAAGCGGAAAUGGAGUGUGAGGAGAGCGGUGCCAGUUCCUUGGGUCCGUACGACCAACAGGAGCUUCGGCAGGAAAUUGGCCGUGCGUGUCGCAGGCUAAGGGAGUUGUCCAGCCACUUGCGUCGCGGCGAGGACGAUUCUGGUUUACAAAGCGAUUGCGACGAAUCCAUGCUUGUGCUCAAUAACGGCAACGAGAACGAGGUAAAUACAGAGAACAAUUGCCCAGGCGCACUCACGGACCUCGUGGAAGAAGUCUUUGGUCUAGCUCUGGCAGGAGUUCGUGGUGGUCCUGGUGAAUUGGGUUUAGCCGUAGAGUUACAUCGGGCAAAAGAAGAGUUGGAACAAAUGAAAGACCAGCUACGACAAACGCAAGAUGAGCUCAAACGCAAGAGUGAGAAUCUCGUGGAGGUUGCGAGUAAACUGAAAUUGUGCGAAGCUGAGCUAAAUGGUGCCAGGGAGGAAAGAGACAGGGCGAGAGACGACAUUGAACACUCGCAACUAUCCAAGGACGAGGUGCUCGCUCAGGCUUUGCAGACGAGAGACCAAGCAGUAGCACGGAAAAACAAGGUAGAAGUGGAGCUCGCUCGUACUCGCAUCGACAUGCUACAAAUAAACAGCCAGCUAAUGGAGUCAAUCCAGCAGAAGAUCGAAUUGAGCGAACAAUUAGAGCAGUGGCAAAUGGACAUGCAGACGCUCCUCGACGAGCACGUUCGCAGCAAAUUAACACCGGUCACGCCGGCAUCGCUGGCGAGUGGUGACUCUGCCGAGAUGGUAGCACCCGCGCGAAAGAAGCGAGCCAGCAACGGUUCGAAAAAACGCUUUGGGAUUUUCUGAUAUUUGCCUUUCUGAAUCAAAGGCGGGACUGUAAUGUGCAAUUUUAUAUGUGGUGAUUCCCGGACAGCUACUGUGCUUUUCUGAAGUGUACUUAAAAACGCUGUGCUGAAUUUUCGUCCUUUUUUUCUUUUUCUUUUUAGAGACUCUGUGAACUUAUUUUACAUUUUUUCAUUCCGUCCAUCAUGUACAGAUGUUUACUUGAAAUCGAUCGACAGAGACGCAAUUAGUGUUACCAUCGCACGAAUUUUUAUCGACUAAUUCAUGAUCAUGUUAUACGGCGCGUUAUACUCAAAAAGACGAAACAACAUAAUGGCACAAUGGUUUUGUUUUUUUCUCAAAUGAGUGCCUUGCAGUUUUAUCUUUGAUCUAAGAUAUGACUAGUUUAUUAAAUUAUUAAAUUUUUAGAAAAAUUGUAUAGUACUUAUACUACACAGCUAUUUGUAAGUGUAUAUUUAUUUAAGAGAAGUAUAAUUUUAAAUAAUAAAAUUUUUAUUAAAACUCAGGAGCAAAUUUUUUUAUGCAAAUAACAAUUUUUAUAAAAAUCGUUUCCUACAUGAGUAUAAUCUUUGAAAUUGCGAUGUUCGUCAAAUUAUAAAAUUUUUCAUAUUUCUAACAUCAAUGCAUGCUAAAAAUAUUAUUUUCAAAAAAUGUUUAAAUGAAUUUUCAUAUGUACGUAUAUUUCCAUUUACUAACGGUUUUUUUUAAUACUUAUAAUUUGAAAACAGUUUGAGAUAUCUGCAGCGACUCUCAAGUUAGAACUAAUAAUUUAGACUGAUAUGAAUGUGAGUAAUUCUAUAAAUAUUAGUAUUGAUAUUAAUGCAUGAGAAUUGUAAAAGAAAUUAUUGUAACUUGACAGAAAAGUUAAAGGU